GGGGCUUGCGCUUCCCCCGCAGGUGCGCGGGCGGUGCGGGGCUUCUCGGUGCCUCGGAGCUUCCUCCUCCCGCGGCGCUCAACGCCCAGCCUGGCCACAACCUGCGGGUGGAGGCCGGUGCCCUGGGCGGUGAAGAGGAAGCGGGGCCAGGCGUCCGGAGGGCCCCGUGUCCCGGCUAGUCUCACUCGGGAGACAGGUGCGCAGGACGCGGGCCGCGCGCGCCGCUGUUUUUCCGGGCUCGGGGAUCCUGGUGAUUGGGAGUCAGGCCUGGCUGAGCCGGCUUAGUUCCGGCCACUUUGGGGUGGAAUCUGGGAAGACCGAGAGUGGAUUUUCGCUUAGAGACUCGAAGACGGAGCACGCCCGCAGGGUGGGCAGAGCACAGGGGCGAAGCGAGGUCUAGAAAUCACAAAUGUCGUCAAAUGAUGGAAGAUCCAGGAAUAGGCACUACGAUGAGGUCCCAAGGGACUCGGCCUAUGAAGAUGGCACCAUAAGAACCCUGCAGACUCUUCGUGACAGUGAGCUGGCUGUGAGCGCUGAUCCUUUGCCACCACCCCCUCUCCCAUUACAGCCACCAUUCGGCCCUGACUUCUACUCAAGUGACACAGAGGAACCAGCCAUAGCACCGGAUCUCAAACCUGUAAGGCGCUUUGUCCCUGAGUCCUGGAAGAACUUCUUCAGAGGGAAGAAAAAGGACCCAGAAUGGGAUAAGCCGGUGUCAGACAUCAGAUACAUUUCCGAUGGAGUGGAGUGUUCACCUCCAGCGUCUCCAGGGAGAGCAAACCACCGUUCACCCCCCGACUCCUGCAAAGAUCCUUACGGAGAGUCAGAAGGAACCUUUAAUUCCCAGAAGGAGGCUGAAGCAAUGCUUCCCCAGGAUCCCUAUGGAUCUCUAAGCCGACACACACAAACGGCUCUCACAUACAGUGAGAAGGUGGAGGCGUAUAACCUGAGGUAUUCCUACAUGAAGUCGUGGCCUGGCCUGCUGAGAAUUCUGGGUGUGGUGGAGCUCCUUCUGGGGGCCGGCGUCUUCGCUUGUGUCACAGCUUACAUUCACAAGGACAGUGAGUGGUAUAACAUGUUUGGCUAUUCCCCGCCCACUGCCAUGGGAGGCAUUGGUGGCCUGGGCAGUAUAUAUGGGGGCUAUUACUACAGUGGCCCCAAGACUCCUUUUGUACUUGUGGUUGCUGGAUUAGCUUGGGUCACCACCAUUAUUAUUCUGGUUCUUGGCAUGUCUAUGUAUUAUCAGACCAUUCUUUUGGACUCUAACUGGUGGCCCCUAACUGAAUUUGGAAUUAACGUGGCCUUGUUUAUUUUGUAUAUGGCCGCAGCCAUAGUCUAUGUGAAUGAUAUCAACCGAGGUGGACUCUGCUACUAUCCAUUAUUUAAUACGCCGGUGAAUGCAGUGUUCUGCCGGGUGGAGGGAGGACAGAUAGCAGCGAUGGUGUUUCUGUUCGUCACCAUGAUUGUUUACCUCAUUAGUGCUUUGGUUUGCCUCAAGUUGUGGAGGCACGAGGCAGCCCGGAGACAUAGGGAGUACAUGGAACAACAGGAGAUAAGUGAGCCAUCAUUUUCAUCAAAAAGGAAAAUGUGUGACAUGGCCAUCAGUGGUGACAGACAGAGAGACCAAGAAGUUAAUUUCAAAGAAUUGAGAGCAACAAAAAUGAAGCCGGAAGUACUGAGUAGACACAUUCCCGCAGGCCACAUCCCUAAACCCGUCGUGUUGCCUGACUAUGUGGCAAAGUACCCUGUGAUUCAGACGGAUGAUGAACGAGAACGCUACAAAGCUGUGUUCCAAGACCAGUUUUCUGAGUACAAAGAGCUCUCUGCAGAAGUUCAAGCCGUCUUGAGGAAGUUUGAUGAGCUGGAUGCAGUGAUGAGCAGGCUGCCACAUCAUUCGGGAAACCAGCAGGAACAUGAGAGAAUUUCAAGAAUCCUUGAAGAGUUUAAGAAAAAGAAGAAGGAUCCUACAUUUCUGGAAAAAAAAGAACGCUGUGAUUAUCUAAAGAAUAAACUUUCUCACAUUAAGCAAAGAAUUCAAGAAUAUGAUAAAGUAAUGAAUUGGGAUGUUCAAAGUUAUUCUUAAACCUUAUUUGAAACCACUCUUUUAUAUGAAACUUCAUAUUUAUUUACUGUCUUUUUUAUGUCAUUUUCUGUGAUAAAGAAGUAAGCUCUUCCUGAAUCAGUCUCUACUUGGUUUAGCUGGAAUGCAAUGUUAGAACAGUAUGAUUUCACUCCAGCAUUUCAGAAAAACAAAUUUACUAAGGGCCUUUACUAAGCAUGGAGGAAACUGUAUUCAUCUGUGUACAAUUUAUGUUGAAAUUAAAAGUGAUUUAGAGAUCACAUUCUCAGGCGUGGAAGCGAGUAUCGGUUCUAGUGCUGAGAAUGGAUUGAUUCCGGUGCUGUAGAGUAUUAAUUUUACCUUUUUGACUCAGGCGGGUUCCUAAGAUUUUCUAGGACAAACUUCCCUUCCUGGCCACAGCUGUCAUUAUUUUCCCUUGAAAGGGGUUUGAAUGCAAGAUAAACAUUUUCAAGCCUGAUGGUCUUGGGCAAGUUGCUCAAUCUCUCUGUGCCUAUUUCUUCAUCUGUAAAACACAGUUGAUAAUAGUGCCUACCUCAUAGGGUGCUUAGGAGGAUUAAAUGAGUUAGUAUUUGUGAGGUACUUAGAACAGAGUCUGGCACCUUGUUAGCAGUACGCUCUUGUUUGUGAAAUCUGUAGGAAAACGUAUGUGAGGUGAAUAAACUACCUAGAAUGUCUCAAGGAAACGUCCUUAAUGAACAAGCCUGACCAGCUAACCAAAAGGCCAUGUGUCUCAUGACCUUCUCUCCUAUGCUGUUAAUAACUAAGCAGAUGUUUCCCUGUGGUUUUGUGCCCACUGGGGUCCAACACAGACUUCCCGUCUUGAACCAGUGUCACUGUGCACACACGUCCACAGCCUGGCCCUUCCUGUUCACGGCACCUCACGCAGGACUGUGUGGGUGCCAUUGCCUCUUCUCUCUUGUUUGGACAUUUAUCCUCAGGCCCCAUGACGUCGCCUUAACUUAGAAUCCCCUCCUUUUGUUUAUUGGGAUGCUUCAUCUUCCCAAGAAUUAUCUUUGCUUUGGGGCUUUAUUCAAGAGAAAUGUUUUAUUUUUAUUAGUUUGAACAAUGAACUGCCUUAAAAAGUUUUUUUUUAAAAAUCAUUGCUACCAGAUCCUGUUCAGCAGCAUCUAUUUUGUAAUUUCCCGGGGUUAGAAAUAAAUUUCUGCUUAAUAUAGCUGCCAUUCAAACAAUUCACGUUCAAAGAAUUUUCUCAAGUGAAACCACAGAAAGGCAUGGAAAAGCAGAGGGUUAAGAAGUGUAGGUUCCUGAAUGAAUCUCCUGGUUUUCCUUUGUCGGUGAAAUCUGACUGUGUGUUGCUAGUGUUUUGAUACCAUGGUCCUCAGCGCCCUGAGAGUCUUAAGGGGUGAGACCUAGGGCAGCGCAAGGCUCCUCCUGGAAGCCCACUUCAGUUAGAACAGCUUCACUUUCUGUUGUAUGCAUUGGGCCCCAUGCUCACAUUUCACUUAAGAAUACCAAUGCUUAAAAAAAAAAGAUAAAAUAAUUCCAUUUUGAUAGACUGUAAAGAGUUAGAUUAAUAUCGAAAUGAACUGUUAAGGAAACUUAACUCUGUAAAACUUGAUUGUUAUAAUUGUAAGUGUUAUUUUUCCAAAACCACUGUUGUAACAUUGGACUUAAGUUUUUUUAUGUCAGUAUCUAGGCAUAUUAAAACAUUAGUUGUUUUGCUGUCCUAGCAUUCCUGUGUUGACUGGGUGUGUUCUUGCAAAUAUUUAACAUUAUCAUAAAAUAAACUAGAAAAUCAU